AUGAGCUCCAAUAACAACAACAACAACUCAAUGAUGGAAAAAAGAUAUAUCAAGAAGAAUGGUUCACUGUCACCGACCUCACCAACAAAGAAGGCAUCCUUCAGCGAGGCAGUAGUAAAUAAGACAGAUGUAGGAGAGUUUCAAGAGGGUUAUUUUAUAAUGUCAACACCUGAUGACCAAAAGAUGAGAAGACCAAAUAUCAGUAACAACUAUAACAAGAACUCACCACAAAGAAGAAGCAGAACACCACCACAACAACAAAGUACCGGUAUGUCAGAUGACGUUAUUCAAAAGCCCCUGAAACAAUUCACUCCAAAGCAACAAAAGCAUUAUCAACAACCACAACAACAACAACAACAAUCGACUGCUUCCUACUCAUCUCCACCCGGCUUGUCUUUACCACUUGACGGUCUUCUUUUGACACCCGCUAACAUUACCAAGAUCACUUCAUAUGCCCAACACCAAGACCCAAUCCAACAACAAUCGACGAUGACAGUAGAUUUCAACACCACUCCAAAGAAGAACAACAACAAACCAUUUAUUCAACAAACUUCACAACAGAACUUUAAGCAACAACAACAACAAUGUAGUAUAAAGAACACUUCAUACUCUACCUCCCCACCACGCUACGAUUCACCAAAGAAAAGUUCUUCGUCUCCCCAAUCUACUUGCUGGGCUGGUGGCGCAUUUAACAAUUCGCCAUCACCUAGUUCCCUUCCGAUCCCAAACUUUGAGGACUUCCAAUCUCAGCCAACCGUUCCUGACCUUCAAUCGAUGACUUUCGACCUGAGGAAGUUACUUAACAUUACACCAACUGUAUCAACAGCCUGUUCCGAUUAA